AUGCCUAGUCUACAAGAAGGAGCAUCUACAACAUCAUCUUCAAUCAGCUUGAUUAAGACCAUAAUUGGAGCUGGUAUGUUGUCAAUGCCUUUGGCGUAUUCUACUGAUGGAAUAAUAUUUGGUACAUUUAUAAUACUAUUGGCGGCCGCAACAUCAGGAUUUGGGUUGUUUUUACAGGCUUAUACUGCUGCUUAUGUCCCCAAGGGAAAUGCGUCCUUUUUCAACUUAUGUUGCAUUACUUACCCACUUUUAUCAGUUUUGUUCGAUAUCGCUAUUGCUAUACAGUGCUUUGGAUGUGCUAUUUCAUAUCUAGUGCUCGUUGGUGACAUAAUGACCAAAAUAGUGAAGGAUGUACCAUUUAUACCGGAAUCUAGUUACAAAAUUUUCUGGACACUCUCAUCAGCUGUGUUAUGUGUUCCACUUUCGUUCAUGAAGAAUUUAGACUCCCUCAGAUACACUUCGAUACUUGGAUUGAUUGCGAUUGGAUAUGUUCUGAUGCUCACCGUAGGUCAUUUCAUUGCUGGAGAUAUACAAAGGGACGAUAAAAGUAAAUUGGCAUUGUUUCCUCCAAAUGCAACAGGUGUUUUCAGCACAAUUUCCAUUAUUGUUCUAGCAUUUACAGGACAUCAGAACAUGUUCUCAAUUAUAAAUGAGGCUAAGGACAAGACGUUGAUAAGUUUGACAAAGCUUAUAGUACUUGCAAUUGCAGUUUCCUCAGGCUUGUUCAUUAUCGUAGGACUAUCAGGUUAUUUGACUUUCGGUGAUCAUGUCAACGCCAAUAUCGUCUUGCUGUAUCCCAAUUCAUUCACAGCAACUUUAGGUAGAUUGGCAAUCAUUUUUAUGGUGAUAUUUUCGUUUCCUUUGAUGCUUCAUCCUGCCAGAAUAUCUGUGAAUAAUAUUGUUUUUUGGUGCAGAACACAGCUUCAAAGAAAGCUUUAUCAAGAGCCAGAGAGAGCACCAUUAACCCAGGAAAGCGAUAUAGAGCAAAAUAACGAACACCAUCAGAAAGUGGCAUAUGUAAUCCCGCUCUCUGAACGGUCCUUCAAUGUUAUUACUAUAUCUUUAUUGUUCUUAGGAUACUUUUUAGCAAUCACGGUCAAGUCAUUUGCUUUCAUAUUAGCGAUUGUGGGUGCGACUGGGUCCACAUCUAUUUCGUUCACCUUACCAGGUCUUUUUGGAUACAAAUUAAUUGGAUCUGAGCUGACGGAAUUAUCAACAUUAGAAAGUACAUUUAAAUAUCUCUCUUUGUUUUUGGUUAUAUGGGGACUUGUGGUUAUGAUGACUUGUCUCUACGCUUCGCUAUUUUUAUCUUGA